CGCACAGUGCGUCCAGCCGUACACCUGCAGGCGCCGCUGACCACAAAUGACACAAGCAUGAAAUGAUGUCCCCGAGUAAGAACACAUCCUCUGAAAGUUGAAGAACAGAAGAAAAAAAAACAGCAAGAGAUAAUGAGAGAGUACCAGUUCCUGCUGUAAUAAUGUUACACGUAAGUAACGUUAGUUACGAUGACAUAAUAUUAUAAAUGGUAAAAUAACCAAAAUUAUUGUUCAAUCUUACUUGUGAAAGGUAAUCCCACGCGAUCUGGUAUCUGCGCGGUUUAUUGCAACAGUAAACUGCACAAAAUACGGGCAUAAAUUGCUCGCUCUCCGUUGACUCCGGUGCAGUGUUGCCAACUUAGCAAUUUUGUUGCUAAAUUUAGCAACUUUUCAGACUACCCUAGCAACUUUUUUUUCCAAAAGCACCUAGCAACAAAUUUAGCAAUUUUUUUAAAAUUUAUUUGGCAACUUUUAGCAACUUUUGAUAAGUGACUCGGACAAUAAAAAGACACACAUUUUCCAUCCUAAUUACACAAAAAGAAAACCAAAGAUGCCUAGCAGUACACACAUCACGUGAAUUGAAUUAGCUGCUAUUUGGAUUUCUUCAAUAUAAUAAUAAUAAUAAUAAUAAUAACAACUGAAUAAUUGUUCAUUUAUGAUAGGCUACACUUUGUUAUAGCUUGUACUUGCGAUUGUUGAUCAGUUAGUAUGCUGUAAGAAAAAUGGAAAAUAUAGGCUGCUAGUAAUUUUCCAGGACGUUAUCCAUUAUCCAUUGUAACCCUGUAACCCGAAAACACAAUGCGUAAUUUAAAAUGCAGGUAAAAAAGCAAUACGUAAAAUUCUUUCAUAUUAACAUAGUAGAUUGUGCCCUAUUUUUACAGCCUUUUCUUGGAGUGUAGCAUACUAACUACUAAUACACUGCUUAAAGCAUAAUCGUUGAGAAUGUCUUACUAGUUUACUAGCUAUUAAAAAAAAGCAAACCUUAAAUUGUAAUCAUUCAAAAAUGUAUAAGUGUUCAAUAAUUCAACGUUUUUUAAAAUACAGUUUAUAUUUUAAUAUUAUAUUAUGCAUAUUAUUUUACAAACAAAUCUAAAUUAACAUAUAUAAAAUAUAUUUUUGCUGAGAUUUAAUGUUGUGACACAAUUUUGCGCCGUGAUUACGCAAUGACGUCAUCGCUCAAUGACAUCACAACGUCAUUUAGCAACUUCUAGCAACAAAUUGACCUUCCUUUAGCAACUUUCUCUGAAAAUUAGUUGGCAACACUGCUCCGGUGCUAGCGUAGAGCGAGGAGACCCAACCAAUAUGGCGGCGACGCUGGAUUACGUUCCAGCAUGUCAUGAGGCGUCUACGUAUAUUAUGUCUAUGGUUCAGGCUGAAGUCGCAUUGUAAAACAUCGGAUAUGCAUCCGAUUUAGGACCACAUGUGAAAGUAGCCUGGGCCUGAUUUGAAAAAAUCGGAUUUGUGCUAUUCAGACUGUCAUAAGAAAAUCAGAUAUGGGUCACAUUUGGGCAAAAAGUCGGAUUUGGGCCACUUUAGCCUGCAGUGUGAACCUAGAACGUGACAGGACGCCACUUAACGCCAGUGGGCGUGUCUUCCCAUUUGAAAUACACAAAGAUUAAAAUAGAAACUGAUUCUAAUGAAUCCACAAACCAUAAUAAAACUUAUCCGGUCACAUAUUGUUUUUAUUUUAUUUUUAUAUUUAGGCCUAUACAAUUAACAAAAGCAAAAAGGCCUCUAACACUGCUCUAUUCUUUUUCUAUUCUAUCUGUUUUCUUUUUAUUUAUUAUAUAAUAAAAAAAAAAAACUUGCUAAGUGUACUGCAUUAGGCUAACCAAGACGUGUUAGCAUUUGCAUAUCAUUGCUCUUUUGUUGUUUUUAAUUGCUUUCAUUGUCCUCAUUUUUUAAGUCGCUUUGGAUAAAAGCGUCUGCUAAAUGACUAAAUGUAAAUAUAUACUAUGUAUAUAAUAUUUAUAUUAAAUAUUAACAAACAAUAUAUUAAAAAAAAAAUGAUAACCAUUUUAAAUGAAUUAAUUUAUUAAUGAAUUAAUUUAGCAGUGGUAGUGGACUCUCCCCCGCACACGCCCACUGAGACGGAGAGUUUUUCCUGAAUCAGCGCGAUGAGUGUUCAGCUCUCCGUCAGUCAGUUCAGUUCUGCUCUCAGUAGCGGAGCAUCAUGACUCGAGCCGCGCUGAACAUCCUCACCGUUAUUAUUCUGCUUCUGUCCCGAUGCUGCGAUGCAAACCGCAAACUCCUGGUGUUCCUGAUCGAUGGCUUCCGUUAUGAUUACAUGGACGAUUUACAAAACUUGGCUGGAUUUCGAGAAAUCGUGGAAAACGGAGUUAAAGUGGAUUACCUGACUCCAGAUUUCCCCAGUCUGUCCUAUCCCAACUAUUACUCUCUAAUGACAGGACGCCACUGCGAGGUGCACCAGAUGACUGGAAAUUACAUGUGGGAUAAAGACUCCAUGAAAGAGUUCCUGAUUGGAACUAAUCCGGACAGCCGUUUGCCCAUGUGGUGGGAUGGAUCAGAGCCGCUGUGGGUCACCAUGCAGAAACUAGGGAAGAGAGUCUACAUGUACUACUGGCCAGGUUGUGAAGUGACGAUUCAUGGAGUCAGACCUACAUUCUGUGAGGAAUAUGUGUACAACCCUUCAGAGAAGAACCUGGUCGACUCCAUGGAGAGCGCUCUAAAUAUGUUAAAAAGCGAUAAAGCAGACAUGGCUGGUAUUUAUUACGAGAAGAUUGAUGUGGAAGGGCAUCACUUUGGGCCACAUUCUCCGGAAAUACAGCGCGCCAUUCGCUCACUGGACCAGGCUUUCCAGACCCUCAGCCAGAAAAUCAAGGAGAAAAAUAUGAGAGAUAUAAACGUGGUCCUGUUCUCUGAUCACGGCAUGACGGACCUGCAGUGGAUGGAGAAAGUCAUUGAACUGGACAACUACAUUGACAUGACGCACAUCAUUAAAAUGAUGGACAGGGGGCCGGUGGUCAAUCUGUGGCCCAAACAGGACAAGUUUGAAGAGAUCUAUCAAAACCUGAGCACAGUGGACAACAUGAAUGUUUAUAAGAAACAAGAGAUCCCAGACCGCUUUCAUUACAAGAACGGGAGGUUCGUCUCGACGCUGACGCUUGUUGCAGAGCCUGGAUGGUUUAUCACAGAGAAUAAAGCCAAACUGCCCUUCUGGAAAAACGGCACGGAGGAGGCAGAGGGCUGGCAACAUGGAUGGCACGGUUAUGAUAAUGAGUUUAUGGAUAUGAGGGGUCUUUUGGCACAGGGACCAGACUUCAAGACAAACUUCCACGCCGGUCCCAUCCGAACAGUAGAUGUGUAUAAUGUUUUGUGCAAGACGCUGGGGAUUGAACCCCUGCCCAACAAUGGCUCGUGGUCUCGUGUGGAGUGUAUGAUGAGGAGCUCGGCUGGCGCUGUACGAGCCGCUCUGAUCUACAGCUGCCUGCUGCCGCUGCUGCUGUUGCUGCUGAUGCUCGUCUAGAGGAUUCCCCCGCUGCAUUUACUUUGUCAGACCAUCUUAGACAGAAGACUGCAGGAGUGCACAUAUCAAACACAUAUUUUAUGCCUUAGGGUGUGCCAUGGUGUCGGAUAAAUGCCAAGAAAAACAUUUCCAGCUUUUUGCUGCACUGCCUAUUUUUGAGUUGUAAAUAUCAUUCAUUGCUGAUGAAGUAGAAGAAAUUGUGUUGGUGUUGGAUGAACCAAUUUGCACAUUUUCACUGAAAGAUUUAUAUUUUAGUAAGAUAUGAUCUUUUAUUAUAUCAUUUUCUCCAUGUUCUCAGUUUGUUUUCUGUUGUUUUGUAAAUGGUCUUUGUAUAUCUACUCAGUCUCCAUAACACAACAGUUUUUUGAUUAUUGUAAAAUUACUUGACUAGUUGGCUAGUAUCACAGCUCUGUCAAGAUAUAUACUGUUUUGAAUGUAAGGCAUUAUUUUAUUAUAUUGUCAUUAUUUGUUUAAUUUCUACUGUAGAUUACAUAACUAUAGAUUCUCCAUCUCUUUAGUACAGGGUUUGCACUAAUUGCUUUCUCAAUAAAACAAAUGUAUUUCCUCAAUAAAAGUAAGGUUAUUUCUUCUAAACUCAAA